CCGGAACUGGUUGUUUAACCGGACACUCAAAAUUCUCAAUGUGACUUACCGUGGUACACUGUUAAGUUUUAAUACUCUCUAUGAGUAGUAGUUUAGGGUCUACAAAAUGUUUCUUACCACCGUAAAUUUGGCCAAGGCAAAAUCUAAGACCAUUCUGGUGCAGAUGGUGAGCGCUGCAGGGACAGGUUACUUCUUCAACACAAAGAGGAACCGUCUCAGAGACAAACUGGUGCUGCGCAAACAUGAUCCACUUGUGAACAAGCAUGUCCUAUUCUUUGAGAAGAGGAAGAUCAGAUCAAUUUAAAAAUGCACAAAAUUAUAUGGACAAUGUAAACCUACAACAGACGAUUACUAUUGUCGUGGAUUAUACAACAUGUCCGUCAGUCAACAUUUCUGAUUGGCUGGCUGACAUGCGUUCAGAAGAUUUCUUUUUGGAUCAGAAGGCCUCUAUUCUCCCCAAUGCACCAGCUCAGCAUGAUGCAAACCCUGGCCAUGUUUCAACAAAGUCUUUAUUACCACUAAUUUAAACAAGAAACUGCUACACAUGUAAAAAUUAGGUUAUGGAAUAAUACUUAAUGGCUGUUAAGCAGAUCUAUACAGUAUGUAUCACUGAUUAUGAUUCAGUCAAGUAUUGUAAAACUUAAAUGUUCAAACUGGGUGAAUGUACUUUAACCAUUUUUGAAAUAUGAUCUAUUCGGGGUAAUUUGAUAAAUUGAAUCAAUUAUGUCCCAUAGAAGCUUAAUUAUUAAGAUGCUUGUCAAUUAUUAAACUGUUUAAAACUAUUGAGAUUAAGAAAGUUGUACAAAAACUGAAACGCAUGUCUUGUUAGUAGCCAUGUCAUCACUUUGGCACUAUUCAUAAAAGUUUUAUUGAAAGCCAA